AUGUAAAUAGAAUUUGAAUUGAAUAUAUAAACUUUAAAUAUGCAAAUUAAAUAGCUUAAUAAUGAUAAUAAUGAUUUGAGAUAAGAAUUAGAUGCAUUAAGAUAAUAAAAAUAAUUUUAUAAAGCCUAAUGUGAUGAUAAAGAUUAACAUAUAGAGGGUCUAGAAAAAGAAAUUGAAGAACUUCGUUAACACAUAAAAACAUUAACUGAAGAAAAACAAGUUAAUCUGUUAAGACUUAUUAAGAAGAAGCAAAAAUUUGGAGAACUAAAUUUAAGGAAUUAAAUCAUUCAUAUCAGGUUUGUUAAUAAAAUUAAUUUUAACUGA